AUGUUAGCUCCAGAUGAAAAUAGUAUGAAAGAAAUGCUCUGCAUCCUAGAGAAAUACGCCACGAAAAACAGGUUGAAGGUUAAUACAAAAAAAACAAAAGUGUUGGUAGUAGGCAGCAAAAGCAGCCGGUCAAGAAGCGAAAGAGGAUGGUGGUAUGGAGGCGAGCCCUUGGAGGAAGUUAAAGAAUUUAAGUACCUAGGUUGCUGGAUCUCCAAUAGAAAUAGCUGGAAAAAACACAUGAGAGAAAUGGCAGGGAAGGCCAGGGUGGCAAUAAAUGCGACCUGGGGCCUGAUUCAAAGAUCAGCUAGAAGUACAUUCAGAGAUAGGAUGUACCUAUAUAACUCUCUAGUCAGAGCGGGUGUAAUGUUUGGAGUGGAGCUUUGGGGAUGGGAGGACAACAAGGAAAUGGAGGCAGUAUAUGGACGUUAUUGCAAGGCGGCCUUAGGCUUGGCGAAGAAUACGCCAGAGUAUAUCUGGAGGACUGAAAGUGGCGCUGAAAGCUGGAAAGUUUCGUGCCGAAGAAGAGCGAGCAAAUACAUCAUGGACAUACUGGGUAUGGAAGAUAGAAGGUGGCCGAAAGUUUGUCUGAGAGAGACCUGCAGAGGCAUCCUGAAUGGCAAGCCGUCAAAAUGGGGGGCAGGAUUUGUCAAGGCAUUAGAUGAAAUGAAGUGCAGCGAUGUCAUACAAAUGAUAUGGGACAAGAAGGAGGCAGCGACGAUUGAGCAGAGACUGAUGGCAGGCUUAAACUCCCUGACGAGUGAAACGAAACUGGAAGAUGACAAAAAAAUCAUGGAGUCGACUUUUAAUCGCAGGUACAAGUUUAUAAAAACUACCAUGGGUACCGAGCCAUACUGGGUAGACAGUAGAAUACCAGGCUGGAUAAAGGAGGUGUGGUGCAGAAUCAGGUGUGGCAAUAUAGUGAGAGCAGGUAAAAAAGGCUUCAAAGACUGGCAGUGUAGAUUGUGCCAGAACGAAGAUGAAACCCUGGAGCAUAUCUUCAGGUGCAGAAGCCUAAAAGCUGCAGCGAACGAGAAGAUAGUAGAUUUUAUAGAGAGGUGGUGUGGCGGCAGAGUAGAGGCAGACUUCGACUGGCUUCUAAUGCAGACUCUACGAGGUGAUCCAAUAAAAGAAAUUUGUGAAUAUAUCCAAAGAUUCGAGAAUCUAGUCAAGGCAGGGGGCACAGCGAUGGAAGAUGAGCUAGUCCGUUUGCAAUAG